UACUCUUCUGGACUAGCGAUUUGCAGAGUCUGAUCGACAAUGGCUUCCAGGCUACCCUUUCUCAGGAGAAUCUCUAAACUUCUCAAAGCUCCGCCUUCGACACCCCUCCGCUCUUUGCGCCAUCCACUUGCUAUGGGUUUUCUUCUUCCACAAGCUUCGACGCCUAAUGUUUCUCCUCGGUUAUUCGCUUCUUCUAGAAGCAUUUGCUCUGGCCCUCUUAAUCUCCCCCAGGAUUCUCAAGGACCUGCACCCAUUGAUUACCGUUUGGUUCUAUCGGAAGAUGAAUUUCAUGGAUUAGCUAAUUCUACAAUCCAUGACCUUCAAGAAAAAUUAGAGGAAUAUGGUGAUGUUGUUGAACUUGAUGGUUUCGAUGUAGACUAUGGGAAUGAAGUGUUGACACUAAAACUCGGGGGUUUGGGCACCUAUGUGAUGAAUAAGCAGACCCCUAAUCGGCAAAUUUGGUUAUCGUCUCCUAUAAGUGGUCCAUCCAGAUUUGAUUGGGAUCGUAAUGUUCAAGCUUGGGUUUAUCGACGAACUAAAGCAAAUUUGUUGAAACUCUUGGAAAGUGAGUUGGAGCAACUUUGCGGUGGCCUAAUAAAGUAGCCGGAGCAACUUUAUCAACAUAUAGCCACCAAAGAAAUCCCGCUGUUGGACAUUUUAGUCAAGGUUUGAGAGCGCAGGCAUUAUAUUAGUAGCAUCAAAGACAGGAAUCGUUUGAAGAAUUAGGUAAAAGACUUGAUGGAACACCAUGGCUAGUUCAUGUCACUAAAAGUCGGGCAUUAUUGAUGCACGCUUAGGAAAGCUAUUUGUGUUCGCCUUGUCAGAUGGGGUCUAUUUGCCAAAUUUGGACCGAAAAGCGACAUAAAUGCAGGACAAGAUUGAUAUGUAAAAAGACUAAAAGCAUACAAGAUAGCACGCCGAAAGAUAGGUGAAGAUAAGGCAGGUAUGCACCGUAUAUUUUUAGUGCCUAAUUGACGGUCCCUACAAUGCUAGCAGCAUUCAUGCAUACAACCA